UGCGGGCGUGGGGCUGUGCGUGCGGGACGGCGGCGCGAUGGCGCGGUGCGGCGGAGCCGUUAUUUAGGGGCUGUCGGCGGGGCGCGGGGCGGCGGUGAAGGCACUGCAGUGGCAGGAAUUCUGUGCAGCAUGUUUUCUGGGUGGACCUGGUUGGCCCAUGGCUUCUAUCUGCUCUUGAAUAUUUGUUCUCUUGGAGUUUCAGGUGGACUUGUACAGUCAUGUGGUCACAUCAUUCCAGAAUCUCCUGUGUUGGCCCUUGGUUCCAAUUUCACAGCACUAUGCAUAUUGAACGAGAGUUGUCUGGACUUUGGCAACAUCUAUGCUAGUCAGAUUAUCUGGAAAAUUAAAAAUAGAGUGGUACCUAAAGAACAAUAUCGUGAAAUAAACAGAACAGUUUCCAGUGUCACAUUUAAUGAUACUUCUUCACUAGCGACACCUCUGACAUGCAAUAUUUUGGCAGAUGGACAGAUUGAGCAAAAUAUUUAUGGAAUUACAGUUACAGUAGGCUUGCCCCCAGAGAAGCCCAAGAACUUAAGCUGCAUUGUUCAUCAGAUGUCAAAACUCACAUAUCCUAUGACUUGUACCUGGGACCCUGGAAGGCAUACAUUCCUAGACACUCACUUCAGGUUGAAAAACAGAUGGCCACAAGAGACUUUUCCUGACUGUAUACCAAAAGAUGUAAAUAAUUCUUGUACAACUACUGAUGUUCAGUUCUUUGUUAACCUGGAGGUCUGGGUAGAAGCAGCAAAUGCUCUUGGGAAGGCUGAAUCUGAUCCUCUUGUGUUUGAUCCCAUUGAGAUUGUUAAACCUCUGUCUCCACACAACUUAUCAGUCACAUCUGGAAUACUACCUACUGUUCUGAAGCUUUCCUGGGAAAAUCGGAUUUCAGCAGCUGUGAUGAAGUUGAAAUUCAAUAUACGCUAUAGGAUCAUUGAUGACACAAACUGGAUGCAGGUUCCUCCUGAAGAUACAGCCUCACCGAGAACUUCGUUCAGUGUUCAGGGGCUCAGACCCUACACAAAGUAUGUCUUCUCAAUUCGUUGCAUGAAGGAAGAUGGAGUGGGCUACUGGAGUGACUGGAGUGAAGAGAAAACUGGGGUCACCACUGAAGAUAAACCAUCUAAAGGACCAUCCAUAUGGAGGAUCAUCGAUGCAUGUCAUUCAUCAGCUUUCUGGACUGUGCGUCUGAUGUGGAAGGCAUUGGAGCCAUACGAAGCCAAUGGAGUAAUCUUGCAGUACGAAGUGACUGUCAGAGCUAAGUCAUCUCUCUCCAGCCCACCAGAGAAAUACAACGUUAAUACUACCAACCUUACAGUAAAGCUCCCAAAUGGAACUUAUGAAGUAACUGUGACUGCCCAUAAUAAAGCUGGGGCAUCCCCUCCAUCAGUUCUACUUAUCCCUGCAGUUAAUUCAAAAGCUUCUGUGAAAAAUCUUAAGACACUACCUAAAGAUGGCAAGUUGUGGGUAAGGUGGACUGCUCCUAACAAUUACGUUCUUAAAUAUGUGAUUGAAUGGUGCCUAGUGUCCAACAACUCAGACUGCAUCAUAGAAUGGCAGAACGAACCAGGAACUGUUCAAGGAACAUACUUAAAAGGUGAUAUAAAACCAUUCAAGUGCUACUUGAUAACUGUGUACCCUCUAUAUGCUGAUGGUCAGGGAAACGGACAGUCUGUGAAGGCUUAUCUUCAGCAGGAUCGUCCUUCAAAAGGACCAACCGUUCAGACAAAGAAAGUAGGAAAAGCUGAAGCUGUUUUGACAUGGAAUCAUCUCACAGUAGAUGAACAAAAUGGAUUUAUCAGAAGUUACACCAUAUUUUACAAAACUAUCGAUGGAAAUGAAACAGCUGUGACAGUGGAUCCUUCCAAGACAGAGUAUACCCUUUCUUCUCUAACCAGUGACACGCUGUAUACUGUGCGGAUGAUGGCAUACACAGAUGAAGGAGGCAGGAGUGGUCCCGACUUUACAUUUACUACACAAAAAUUUGGGAAGGGCGAAAUUGAAGCCAUAGUUGUACCUGUCUGUCUGGCAUUCCUGUUGAUUGUGCUCCUUGGAGUUUUGUUUUGCUUCAACAAACGUGACUUAAUUAAAAAGCACAUCUGGCCUAUUGUCCCUGAUCCAUCCAAGAGUAACAUUGCUCAGUGGUCCCCUCAAGUUCCAUCUAAGCAUAACUUUAGUUCCAAAGAUCAGAUGUACCCAGAAGGCAGCUUUACAGAUGUAAGCAUUGUAGAAAUAGAAGCUGAUGACAAGAAGUCUUUUUCAGAACAAGAUCUAAAACCCUUUGAGUUGCUUAAAAAGGAAAAAAGUACUUCAGAAGGGCACAGCAGUGGUAUUGGGGGAUCCUCAUGCAUGUCUUCUCCCAGGCAAAGCGUCUCUGACAGUGAUGAAGGUGAAACCACACAAAACACUUCAAGUACUGUGCAGUAUUCAACUGUAGUACUUAAUGGCUACAGAGACCAGACACCUGUACAAGUCUUUUCAAGAUCUGAGUCGACUCAGCCACUGCUAGAUUCAGAAGAGAGGUCAGAGGAUCACUCUGGAGGAGGUGACAGUACAGCACAGAAGCAGCAAUAUUUUAAACAAAACGGUGGUCAAGAUGAAAUCAACACAGACAGGCCGUUCCUUGAAAGAACAAAGCAAACUAAUUCAUCUAAUGAGGGGGAUAUUGCUGGAUUUGCACAACUGCAGAUCUCAGGUCAGAGUUCACAGCUGUUGUGCCUUGGGCUGGAAAAAAGUAAUGAGGAAGCUGCUCUAUCAGAUGUUUUACAGACAAGUAUUAAAGGACAGACACUGAGACCUGAAACAGUGGAAGAAAAUCCACCAUCAGUUGAUGAAAUGCCAAAAAGUUACCUCCCACAGACUGUGAGACAAGGGGGUUAUAUGCCUCAGUGAAAGAAGAGACUGGCUUUGUGUAGGCCUUCAUUAGUGCCUGUUCACACUUUCUCCUGUGUUUCUGAUAAAUUAAGCUAGAUAUUUUUAUCUGAAUGCAGAUAGAAAUAUUGACAUUAAGUGAAGAAUAAUUUGAUAAAGUACCAUAAGGACCGUGUUUUGCAGUUCAGACCUACUGGAGACUUACCUUUAUGCACUACAUAAAACCCUGAUAUCUGGAUAGCUGAAGAAGCCUUUACGCUACCUUGGGAUUUUGUCUUGUCAUACCAGAUUCACAUGUGAUUGAAAACAGCAAGUUUCAAUUAAUCACAUCAGCCAGUAGACCUAGAAGAAACACAUCCAUUUGCGACAACCUAAAAUGCCAGCUUUUGUUGCUUGGAGCAUCUUUGUGCAAAAGUAAGACCAAAUCGUAGUAUUCUGCCAUGGAAGAAUACUCAGGUCAUAUGCAUUUCAGAAACUCAACUGUCUUUCUGAAUUUUGACUUGGCCCAGUGUUUUAAUUUCCAGCUUACCAGAUAUGCAAAUCACAUUCAUCCCUGUUAUAAAAACCAACUAGAACUUGCUGUGGUGUGCUAGUAGGAAGACGCCACAGUUGCUCGACUGAAUGAUAACCAUACUAAUCCAUACUCUGCCUAUAUUUAGAUGUACGUACGCACGAACUAUACAAGUUUGGCUGAAAGAUGUGCCUUGCAACUUGACACACAGCAAGUCAGUCUCAUGUUCAAAAGCUUAAAAAAAAAUCCAGGUGAAAACACAGAUUAAGAGUUACUUAAAAGUUUUGUACCCAGGUCACUGUCAGGUUUUACCAUACCUCUCUGCUCAUAUAAACUGCCUUUGUUUUAGUAAGUGCACCUUUGCUGUAUGCAGCUGGAAAGGCAAGUCACAAGCGGUAAGUUUUUACCAUUUUUCUAACUGCUCAGGAGAAAGGGAAUGUGACUUUCUUCCUGGUGGACUGUGAUUAAGUGUUCUGUAACUUCACUGCUGAUGCCACAGGACCUCCUUGAAACUGAAAGUGGGGAAAAAAAAACUAAAGCUUUGAAGUCAAUGAAGCUCCCAUGAGGAAGAAAAAAAAAAUCUAUAUACCCUGAAUUUGAAUAUUGCUGGUGGUAUAUAUCUAUCAGCAAUCAUGAGCCACAAGCAACUUAGGUGGUUGUUGAAAUUCGUUUUCCUCUUAUAUCUUGCUGUUAACUUGUUCAUACAGUUUUCAUUUUACUGAAGAAGAUACAUUUCUUGGAGACUGGCAUUUCUUACCAGGGUUUAAAGAAAAAAUUAAUUGAUAUGAAAAGAAACCUCUUCUCCAGUGAUAACUACAAAUUUCACAGCACUCUGUAUAUUUUCUUUUUUCUUAACAUUAACCUUUUUCCUUAAGUUUAGUCAACCUUCUAAUCUGACACUAGCAAAACCUUAAUUUAGAACACUAAAUGCUGUGUUGUGACAAUGGAAGAAAGGUUUUAUUUCUCCUUCAGUAAAUGAAUUAUGUAUUUAAGACCACCUGAAACCUUUUAUGCUGUGACCUGGAGUGUUGGUCAUUUGCAGUGUACUUUCCAAAGGCCUUGGAAAGGCAGGUGUCAAUAUAGUUUCAACUUCUCUUGUCCUCAUCUAACUGUUUGCAUGGAAGGACAGCUACACAUAUAUAAAUGUUCAGAUGUGUCUGCUUUUGUUAAAAAUAAAUGGAAUGCUGGAGUAAAUUCAUAAGUUACUUCUUGAAGCUUGGAAUAUUUAAAACUGAUAAAGAAUGCAGAAAAAAAAUUGGUAGACUACACUUCCCUUCUCCCAGGAGUAUUUUUUUGUUUCUGGACACUCUUUUAAACCAAAAGGCUAUGUUGCAGCUUAUUAUAAUUACCUUUCUUGAAACCAGUCCCCUUCCUUUUCUUCCCAUUCCACCUCAACACCUUCAAACUCCCACCUACAGGGCAAGAUCCUAAUGAAAGCUGUGCUGUCACAAGACAGCAGACAGAGUCCUUUGUUUUUUCAGAGGUUCCUUUGUCAAAAUACAUUCCUACUGGAAAAUAAUAGCAGGUACUGUACUGGGAAUGUGUUGUCUUCUCUAUGCAAACAUAGUUACUGCAGAAAUCACAAGUGAAAGGAAAAGUCUCCACUAAGCAACGAUGUGCCUGCUUAAUAGAACUACCCUACUUAUUGGAACUGCCCUACAGCCAUGUCCAUCUAAUCCACCUCCUGCUCAUCUCUGAAAUGUGAGCCACCAUAUGGAUACUUGGUCUGGACAUUGCUUUAAAGGCCUGGGUGUUUCCAAAAAUAUGCAGAUGGUUUGUUUAGUUGUUUGUUUUUCUUUUUUUUUUUUCAUUUGUGUUUUGUGAUCUGGUGAUACUUAUUUUUGAUAGCAUGUAUCAUAUCUGAGGGACAACCUCAGUUAUUCCUGAAGUUACAGUUUGCCUUUCUGUUGUGUAACAGGAAGGCAUUUUCUUGCUAAUCAACAUUUCCAGUGUUGAACAGUAUCAAGAGGUUCUCAUUUUUAAAGGUCUGUCCUAGUAAGUGUUGUGGACUGUCACCUCUGCCAUCUUUGAUUGUGGAUCAGUGGUAGUAAACUUGCAAAACUCUAUAGGAGUGUAUCCUAGAGAGAGUUCUGGCUGGCAGAGUCUUACCUUUCAGACUUGUACAUUUAUCCAGGGCUGGGAUCACACAAUAGUAAGAGUUGGAAGGGACCUCUGGAGAUCAUCUAGUCUAACCCACCCUGCUAAAGCAGUAGACCUCACUAAAGACUAAGCAAGGGAUACCAAUGGGUGAAUAGCUUAUAGAAGCUACAACACAUAUAAACAGGUUUACAGCUUGUUCUUAAACUUAUGUGCCAAAUAUUAUAUCACGAAGUGUUCAGGGUUUAACUUGGUUUUGUACUUCAGAUCAUAGCAAGCUGAUUGUACCAAACAGUUGCAUACAGGUUUUUAGAGUGUCUGGAGUGUAGUUAUAGCCAUCCACUAAAAUUCUCUGAACUUGGCCCUAAUAUAGUAAAUAAAAAUAUUUUUUGUCUGUCCUGUUGUGUCCCCCCCUGUCCCCUCCCCCUCAGUACUAUGGUGCACUUUACAAAAUAAAGGCAUUAUUAAAAUCAAAUCACACUUCAGUAUUGACACUUUUGUGUCCAUAUUUAUUUCCUGGAGUGGAAUUUUUCAGGUAAAGACCUUGUUACUUAGGUGGCAGGAAAGGGAGAGCAGUAGAAAUACAAAAUAUUUUUCCAAUAUUAGCAUGUGUGAGACAUCUCUCUAAGUACCUGCUGGCUAACAGCUUCUCUUUACACAGGAGAAAGGAAUAUAUUUGUCUCUGUACUUGCAUUGUGAUGGUUCUCUUAGAACCAUGGUUGUUGGGAGUUGCUUCUAGGGUCUGUUGGCCUACUUUCAAGGCAGUUACUCUGGGAAUGUCAUAUCCCACUCUAGUGAAAAUCAUGGGAUUAUGUUUCACAGGCCCUGUUGUAGUAAACUAAAUAAAACUGCCUUAACUUGGCAGUUUUCUAAUUUUUUUUCUAAACCUUGUUCUGGGGCAUUUGUGACAAGCAUGUGCUGCUUAUCUGUGCUACAGCAGCCUAAAAUGCUGGUUUUCAGGACUGGAAGAAACUUUGGCUUAAGGAUGAGGGGGGAGUUUGUAUGUGAAGGUUGUCACAUUCUUGGGCACCCAUGGCCUAAGGUGGGGUGCACAGCUUCAGCUUUGUAAAUCAUGAGCACUGCCAGGUGGUUAAAACUUACAUUAGUAUGCCCAGUACUGUCCCAGUGGGACUCACCAUGCUUAUUUUACUCCAGCAAUUGAACCUGGUUAAUUUGUGUCAGGUCUUGAAUGUUUGAGACCCCCAUCAGUGUGUACUACUGUGGCAUUGACUUCACAGUGGGAUCUGAAACUCCAGAGACUCGGAUUAGUCAGCCCCACUCCAGGAUAUACACAUUUUAAAUUGUCAUUUAUGUACAUUAAAGGGGACCAAGUAUGUUGGUUUAUUUUCCUUGAAACAGAUGUCAUAAUUAAGAUUAACUUACUUGGAUACAAAAAUUCUACUGGCUGAUGGAUUGUAAAACUUCAUUAAUCCCCUGUAACCUCUCAUCUGUUUGCUAGGAUACGUAUGUAUAACCAUUUUAAAUUCUAAGAGUUGUUUUUAAUGUUACUUGGGAGCAAUUUAUAACAAAAAUACUGAAUCUUUUGUCAUGAAGCAGCCAUUUGGGAAUUACAGCCAACCCUGCAGUCUUCAGCUUAGCUCCUGUUCCAGAAAACUACAGCAAUGUGGAAGGGUAAAUGCAAAAAUCUGGAGGAAGGUAAAACUAAUUACCUUGCACUGGACUCACAAAUUCACCUUUCUUGUCUUUAAAAGUGAAAAGAUCAGUUUAAAAAAAAAAAGGCUAAACCAUGUGUUUGCUUUCACUGUUGUUUUCCUUUGUACUUGUGCAAUCUGAGCCAGUCCUAAGAAUGAAAGCAGUGCUGAUGCAAUGCACAAGGGUGCAUUUUAAAGGCCACGAGAUUUGAUACAAAUAAAUAUAAAGUCUAAUGACUUAAGGGCCAGAUCUCAGCAACUGCCCGCUUCUCCCACCCCCUCUUAAUGUUAGUGCAGAGGGAGCAUGGGUGGUAAGUACCUGCCAGAAUGCAGCCUUAGCCAGUACUUGUUUUUAUUUGCAAAGACAACAUUGAUGGGGAUAUAUGCAUUUAUGCAAUAGUCACUGAUACUCUGCAGAAGCACAUUUCUGUAACAGCAGAUGAAAAACACGUAUGGCACAACUGUCAACAGAUGGCUGGAAAGCUCCACGUCCUCCUGCUUGGACUGAAACAUCUGCAGCCCUCACCAGCUGCUCUCCAGUGAUUGUAGGCACGAUAAAGGAGCAGCUCUCUGCAGUGCUGAAACUGGCAACACAUUGCUUUUCUUCACAUCGAAGCACAUUCAUUAGUGGACCUGGUCAACUCCCCAGUUUCACAUGUAGCCUGAUGCUUUGAUACAGCAAUGGAUCAUCCAGAAACCAAGUGCUUUCACCUGGGGUUAAGGAGCCUUUACUUAAGGUUACCAUGAGUGUUGCUGUGCCAGUACCUGUCGCUGUGUGAGCAGAGGAAGCGUGGAACACAGAGACAUACUAACAACGAAAGUGCCUUGAUGCUGGAUGGAUGGCUAGCGAAUGUAAACAUUGAGUCAGUUUUUACUAUGUACUUCAUGUAUGGCUGAUUAAGCUACUGAUAAUUUGAAUGCCAGCUUUGAAGGGCUUGCAUACUCCAGCCAGAGGUCAAACUUGUAAAUUGCUGCAUAAGCUGUCUGUGUAUGGAAAUGUGUUUUAAUACCAGUACACUAUCUUCAUUCUUUUGCAAGCUGCAUGUUUAUUGUCAUAUAAACUCUGCUUUCUACAAUUUA